AUGCGCUGCCGAGGAGUCUUGGGUCACGUGAUGCGUGUCACGGGGCUCGACGGAACGGAAACUCCACAGGUGAGCUUGCGACACUGGAAAGAGGGACCUCGAAGAAGAGCACAGCAACACUCAAUUGACUCCUCAAAGACCCGGUCCAACAUGACAGUUGUCGAGACUGUCAAGAGCCUUGCGGGCGUGUCAGAUGGCACUGCCACGCACCAGGAGAUGUCUGAUGCCCGACUUCCUCUUGCAUACCGAGACUCUUGCGCCCAUCUGUUGAUUCCACUUAACCGCUGCCGACGAGACGAAUACUACCUUCCCUGGAAGUGCGAGACUGAACGACAUAUCUAUGAAAAAUGCCAAUACAAUGAAUUCAGAAAGCGAGUCGCCAAGAUGGACGAACUGCGCGCCGCAAAGGAAGGCCAGCGGAGCAACUAG